AUGGCAACCAUGACAGCCUGCAGCGGCCUGUCGCCUCUUCCUGGCUGCGGCUGUUCUAUUCUCUCGACCGUUACUCGGAAAAUAGGAAAGGGAAAUCCCUUUCGUGUUGCAUGUAGAGCUUCUACUACUCGGAAAUGGAGAAUUCUAGUCCAGGAUGAAUUUUAUGUUCAAAAAGUGGAGAAUCUUAGGCACUUUUUGGUAUCAUCAUCUUCAGGAGUAAAUCAAAGCAAUUCUGAAGCAACACUACGUGGCAACAAGCACUUUACAGCUUUGUUUAAAGGAGAAGACAUUAUUGAUGAGGCUGUAUAUUACAGUAGCCAGAUUCUUCAAGAAUGCAUGACAAAUAUGGAUCAAAAUUUAUCCAAAUUUGUUAAUCACAAAUUGAGACAUCCUUAUCACAAAAGCAUGGCAAGAUUGAAUUCGAACGACUCUGUCUUUUAUUUUAAAGGCAAAAACAGACGGGAAAAAACAUUGAAAGAGCUGGCAAAUAUGGAUUUUCGGAUGCAAAAAUCCGUUCACAGACAUGAAUUGCAUCAAGUUUUCGAGUGGUGGAAAGAACUUGGCUUGGCAGAGGAAUUGAAGCUCGCUAGGAACCAACCAGUGAAAUGGUACAGAUGGUCCAUGGCCCGCCUAAAAGAUCCCUCCUAUGAAGAGCAAGGAAUUCAGCUGACAAAAUGCAUUGCUUUUAUCUACAUAAUAGAUGACAUUUUUUAUUUUAUGGGACACCCCAAAAACUGGCACUGUUUACAGAAGCCAUAA